GUGGAACAAACAGCAAGUAGCUUCCCUUGAAAGAUGUAAGCAAAAACAAAGGGCGACUGAAACCCUUUGUGUCCACAAUCGCCGAUUUCCCUGCAGAUAUCCCGGAAAACUGUUGCAUUUGUUACCGUUUUACUUUCGGUUGUAAUUGGGGCGAGGUGAUCAGCAAGGGUUGAAGUUCCCGACGAGAUGCCAGAGAGCGGUGAACUGGAGGUGGAAAGAAGCGGUGGGCUCUGAAGUCAAGAGCCGGCAUUGAGCUCCCGAACGUGGGUGCGGUGGAGCAGACAGUCCGGGUCUUCCUUCAUCCCUCGCUGAGCAGGUAUGUUAGACAAGGGAUAGCUGGCAGAGACCACCGAUGCUGCUCGCGCGGAAAAGCCUUUCCAUCUUCAAAAUGAUAAAUCUUCGCAAGACCAAGUUUGCAAGGUUUAUGAAUAACAGAGUGCCUGCCAAUCAGAGAUAUGAACCCACAGAGUAUGAACAUGCAGCAAACUGUGCCACUCAUGCAUUUUGGAUCAUUCCUAGCAUUCUCGGCAGUUCUAUUCUCUACGGCCUUUCUGAUGACCAGUGGGAGAUGAUAUCAGCUUGGAUAUAUGGGUUCGGGCUAAGUGGCCUUUUCAUUGUUUCCACUGUCUUUCACACCAUCUCCUGGAAGAAAAGCCAUUUCCGAACAAUGGAGCAUUGCUUCCACAUGUUUGACAGGAUGGUGAUCUACUUCUUCAUUGCUGCCUCAUAUGCCCCCUGGCUGAAUCUGCGGGAGCUGGGCCCCUGGGCAUCUCACAUGCGCUGGAUCAUCUGGAUAAUGGCCUGCAUUGGAACUGUCUAUGUGUUUCUGUUUCAUGAACGGUAUAAAAUUGUGGAACUGAUUUGCUACAUGGUAAUGGGCAUCUUUCCUGCACUUGUCAUCCUGUCAAUGCCUAAUACUGAAGGACUGUUUGAACUGCUGGUGGGCGGUGUCUUCUACACCAUGGGAAUGCUGUUCUUCAAGAGCGAUGGACGGAUUCCAUUUGCACAUGCAAUAUGGCACCUCUUUGUGGCCAUUGGUGCCGGGAUCCAUUACUAUGCUAUCUGGAAGUAUCUGUACCGUCCUGAAAUGCUGGAUAUGAGGACAUCUAAGUGAUCAGAUUGUAACUUGUGACAUACAUUGUUUGUCUACAACCACAGUGAAAUUAACAAGACAUUGCAACGAUCUCUGGACCGUGCAAGUGAUAUGUGGAAGUCAAUGCUGCAACUCCAAUAUUUUCUUCAGCACUGAAGCGCCAAUCUUAUGGCCAGUAUUAAACUCACAAGCAUGUGCACACAUAUGUGAACAUUCCUGCAAACUUGACUGGAUGGUUCUCAGAACUGUAUGCACCUGUAUAUUAUUCCAAUUAACUAUAUAAUUUUAUAGUCAGAUGUCUCCCCUUAAAACACUUGAAAUAUUAUUGGCUGUGUUUUUUGUAAGACACAGGUACUUUUUUAAUGGAUAUUUUUCUGUGAAAAGAGUGCAAGAGAAGAUCAUUUUUUAGAAGACACUUUAUUAACUAUGAGACACAUAAUGUAAUGCAUUUGUUAGAAACUGGAAUAGUUGAAAAUCCAUGAAGACAUCUGAACUAUUUUGGUUAAUUGGCAGAACUGAGAAUAUGUCUUUAAUUGUUGAUUUUGGCAAUGAUAAAACACCUUGCUUCAGAACCACUCUCGGACUAGUGAAGGUAGGACUGAAGCAAUCAGAACCACUGCCUCUCAGCAUCAGAGGGCCAGGUUCAAUCCUGACCUCGGGUGCACUUUGCAUAGAGUUUGCACAUUCUCUCUGUGACCACAUUGGUUUCCCUUGGGUGCUCGGGUUUCUGCCCACAUCCCAAAGACAUGGAGGUUAGUAGCUUAAUUAGCUGUUGUAAAAUUGCCCAAAUGUGUAGGUGUGUGGUGGAUUCUGGGGAAAAUAGAUGAGGCAAGAAUAAAAAAAAUAGGAUUAGUGUAAAUGAAUGCUUCAUGAUCACUGAGUGAGUUAAGGGCCUGACAACUUGCUGUCCUUCUACAUGACUCUAUGAAUUUGGUCUUCAUUCACCCUUUAACUGGUGCGGUACAAUGCUGUACAGCUUGGGAACAAGUAAAAUAUGACUGAUUCCAUACUGGCCUUAUAUAAAUUGUAGGCAUUCCAAGCAGUUGGCACACACACUUCCUAAUAAGGAGCAAGACAACCUUUCCUGAAACCCCUAAACGAAUCUAUCAGCACUGGCAUCAAGCCAGUUUGACUGAGGCUUGCUUACCAAUUCCAGAUUCCACUGACCCUCCUGUUUCCUGCCCCAAAAUGUUCUUCAGUGCUACUACACAAUCUCAUCUCCCCAAUCCUGCCCAUCUCCUCUCCUCACCAGUUACAGGAAUUGUUUGGACUGCUGCCCAGGGGGCAAGUGCCCUAAAUUAAAUUGAAUCAAACAGGGCAGUCAUUCUUUUGGAUUCAGCUCAACCUCCUUGUCAAAGAAUGCCUUGCAUCCAAGACACCUUUCAAUCUCUUAGUCCCAGCCUAGCAAGUUACAUCAUGAAUUUUUAGUCCAAAAAUUAAAAUAGGCCUUGGCUAUAAUAAAAUUUUAGCUCACUAUCUAUAGGUAAUUUGCUCCUUAUGGGACAUUAACAUCAAAACUCUCUUUUAACUCACAUCUUCCUUUAAUAGUCUUCCUUCUUGGGAACACUAAAUUCUUCAGGACAUUGUUUCAUUUGAUUUCAAAAAGUUUCUAGCAAUGACCCAUAUGUGCAGUCAUCAUGGCAUGACAAGCUGUCUUUGGUUAUUUAGCUGUGGCGUGCAUUCACCUUUGAAAUCAUUUUCUGCUCUGGGAGGAAAUGAAUUGCCAGUUUUAAUUUCACAACAGUAUUUUAGAGGAACUGGGGGCCAUUAUCAUACCCAUGAGCCUUCCCAACUCAUCAAAAGUAUGUAUGAAACCAGUGGUCAGUUUUCUCUUCACUAUCAUCCAGUCUGUGUAUGCAGUAUUUUACUAAGGGAGAGCUUCCUAUUCUCAAUAGCCUUUUUUUUUUCAAAUUUUAUUGCAUCUUUUUUUGCAUUCUGAAUAUCUUAAAAUUAGCAAAUUAAAACUAAAUAAUAUAAUUAAAAUGACCACAGCUACCUUUCCAAGUGGGUAAAUGUGGAAGAUUUGGUCACCUAGCUAUAGGAAAGAUACCAUUAAGCUGGAAAGGGUACAGAAAAGAUUCACAAGAUCUCUCAUACUGAAUCAGUAUACAUGGUAAUUGAGUUAUGCAUGUAAUGUUUAUAGCAGAAUAAAAUUAUGUCAGAUAACCUCAAUAAAAUUAUGAAAUCAAUCCAAAAUGAUGAAAAAUAACAUUAUAGACUAUAAGGCAUAAGGAAAGAAUUAGGCCAUUCAGCCGGUCAAAACUGCUCGGCAAUUUCUUCCUGGCUGCUCCAUUUUCCCUCUCAACCUCAUUCUCUUGUCUUAGCCCCAAAAUCAUUCAUGCCCUGAGUAAUCAAAAGUCUAUGAAACUGCCUUAAAUGCACCCAGUAACCAGUCCCCCACAGUCUCUUGUGGCAACAAAAUCCAGAUACACCACCCCCUACCUACAUAAAUUCCUCCUCUUCCCCUUUCUAAAUAGACAUACCUCUAUUCUGAGGCUGUGCCAUCUGGUCCUAGACUCCUCCAGUAUAGGAAACAUCCUCUCCACAUCCACUCUUCCUAGCCCUUUUAACAUUUGAUAGGUUUCAAUAAGAUCCCCCAUCAUUCUUCUAAGUCCAGCAAGUACAGGACCAGAUCCAUCAAACGCUCUUCAUACAGUAACACAUUAAAUUCCUGGAAUCAUUUGCAUGAACCUCCUCCAAAUCCCCUCCAAUGUCAGCACAUCCUUUCUUAAAUAAAAGGCUCAAAAAUGUUCAUAAUAGUCAAAGUGAGGCCUCAACAGUGCCUUUUAAAGCCCCAGCAAUACAUUCUUACUCUUAUACUCUAGUCCGCUUGAAAUUAAUGCUAACAUUGCAUUUGCUUUACCCACCACCGACUCAACCUGCAAGUUAACCUUUAGGGAAUCCUGAACGAGGAUUCCCAAGUCACUUUGCACCUCAGAUUUUUGUAUUUUCUUCCAGUUUGGAAAAUAAUCUACGCCUUUAUUCCUUCUACCAAAGUACGUGACCAUACACUUCCCGGACCUAUAUUCCAUCUACCACUUCCUAAUCUGUUCUUCUACAGCCUGCCUCUUUCCUCAACACUACCUGUUCCUCCAUCAACCUUCACAUCAUCUGCAAACUUGGCCACAAAUCCUUCAUUUCAUCAUCCAAAUCAUUGAUAAAUAAUACAAUAAAAACCCGAUUCCAACACAGACCCUGGUGGAAUACUGCUAGUCACUGGCAGCCAAUCAGAAACCCUUUGCCUCCUGCCAAUCACCAAUGCUCUAUCCGUGCUAGUAACUUCCCUCUAACAUCAAGGGGUCUUAUUUUGCUAAGUAGCCUCAUGUAUGGUACCUUGUCAAAGGCCUUCUGAAAAUCCAAGUACACAACAUUCACCAAUUCUCCUUUGUCUAUCUUGCUUGUUAUUUCCUCAAAGAAUUCCAACAGUUUUGUCAGGCAAGAUUUUCCCUUAAGGAAACCAUGUUGACUUUGGGCUAUUUUGUCAUGUUCCCCCAGGUACCCUGAAACCUCAUCCUUAAUAAUCUUCCCAACCACUGAGGUCAGGCUAACUGGCCUAUAAUUUCCUUUCUUCUGCCUCCCUCACUUGAAGAGUGGAGUGGCAUUUACAAUUUUCUCGUCCUCCAGAACCAUGCCAGUAUCUAUUGAUUCUUGAAACAUCAUUACUAAUGCCUCUACAAUCUCUUCACCACCUCUUUCAGUACUCUGGGGUGUAGACCAUCUGAUCUAGGUGACAUCUACCUUCAGACCUUUUCGGCUUCCCAAGCACUUUCUCCUUAAUAGUAGCAACUGCACUCACUUCUAAAUUUUCAGCAUACUACUAGGAUUCUUCCACAAUGAAGACAGAUGCAAAAUACUUCAGUUCAUCCUCCAUUUCCUUGAACUACCACUCCAGUGGUCAUAUAUCUUGUACUGCCUCUCUUUUACUUUUUAUAUAUCUGGAAAAAAAACCUUUGGUAUCAUCUUUGAUACUGUUGGCUAGCUUACCAUUAUAUUUCAUCUUUUAGUUGCCUUCUGACAAUUUUUAAAAGCUUCCCACUAAUUUUUGCUCUAUAAUAUUCCCACUUUUGCUUUUAUGUUGUUUUUGACUUCUCUUGCCUUUAGAAUAUUUCUUUGAGACAUACUGCAUAUAUCCAGCGCCUUCUGAAUUUCUCCCAGAAACUCCAGCCAUUGUUGUUCUGCUGUUAUCCCUACUAUUGUCCCCAUUUGAUCAACUUUUCCCAGCUCCUCUCUCAUGCCCUAUAAUACUGACAGAUCAGACUUUAGCUUCUCCCUCUAUCACAUAUGUGAACUCUAUCACAUUACUAUCACUAUCUCCUAUGGGUUCCUUUACCUUGAGCCCCAUAAUCAAAUCUAGUUCAUUUCACAACACCCAUCCAGAUUAGCCUUCCCCUGGUGCUCUAAAAAGGCAUCUCAUAGAUAUCCUACAAAUUCUCUGUCUUGGAAUCCAGCACCAACCUGAUUUUCCCAGUCUAUCUGCAUAUUGAAAUUACCCAUGACUAUAAUAACGUUGCCCUUUUCUAUCUCCCGUUGUAAUUUGUAGUCCACAUCAUGGUUCAGAGGCCUGUUUGUAAUUACCAUCAGGACAUCUUUACCCUUGCAGUUUCUCUACCCACAAGGACUCUACAUCUUCGGAUCCUAUUUCAGCUCUUUAUAAGUGUUUGAUUUUUUUUACCAACAGAGCCACCCCACCCCCUCUGCCUAGCUGCCUGGCCUUUCAAUACAAUCCAUAUCCUUGGAUGUAAAGCUCCAAACUAUGAUAUGGUAGUUUGCUCUGAGAUUCCCCUGCUAAAGUGAGACGUGCAAUUCUUGGCAGCACUGGGCUCAAUUAAAUACAGAAGUUGAUGAUGUGCUGCUCAAAGUUGGCAGGUACAGGAAUAGGAAAUGUUAGUGUUAUCGGUCAAGCACAGGGAAAUGGGAUUAGCUUGGCUGGCAGGGUUUAGCUUGGGCUAAAGGGUCAUUUCCGUGCUGUAUUACUCUGUGACUCUGAAUUUGUUGCCUAUACUGGAUAAAUGGGGGCUGUUUUCCCUGGAAUGUAGGAGGCUGAGUGAUGACUUUGUAGAAUAUAUAAAACGUACCUCUACUGUCAUCCCUCAGGAGCAUAGAUAAGGUCACUGUCUUUAUCCCAAAGUAGAGGAAUCUAAAACAAGAGGACACUGGUUUAAGGUGAGAGGGAAAAGACUUAAAGGGGGCAUGUGUGGCAAAUAUUUCUUUUUACACAGAAAGUGGUAGGAAUGAGUUGCCAGUUAGAAGUGGUAGAGUUGGGUACAAUUACAAUGUUUAAAUGACAUUUACACAGGAACAUCAACAGGAAAGGUUUGAAGAGAUAUGGAGCCAAGCACAGGUAAAUGGGAC